UUAGUUAUGUCGCUUUUGUUGUUUACUCGCCACAUUUUUGCCAGUUAAUUGUGCCUAGGCGGUGCGCGGGACAUAGGGUAACCUAAGACAGCAACAAAAGCCGCAACAGCAGGAACUCGAGCAGGAGCAGCUGCUCCCGAUCUCCCCCAAGGAAGAUACUGAAACGUUAUCGAAACGAAAUCAGGUCGCAGCAGGAAUCGUCGUCGUCGUCGUCGUAGGGAGCGAGCGAGCGCACAAAAUAUACACCGAUGUCCGCGGGUGUGGGUGGCGGAGGGAGCAUUACCACCGAGCACCACAGUCGCCUCUACUUCCUCAACUCGCCGACGGGCCGCGAUCCGUUCUUCAUUAAGCCGGAAUAUCUCAGCUAUGAGAGUCCCAUGCACCAUGCCCUCUAUCCGGGCAAUCGUGGCCUCAUAGAUUAUAAUAACUACACGAGCUCAGCGGCCGCCGCCGCUGCCGUUGCCUCCGCCUCUGCCUCAGCCACCGCCUCCUCCGUCGUCUCAGCCUCAUCGGUAACCGUAGCGGGUGCUGCUGGUGGGGACUCGGCCGUAUCCGCUGCCAACAGCAGCAGCAGCGCCACAGUUAGCUCCAGCACAGCAGCAGGAGGAACAGGAGCAUCAGCAGCAGCGGCGGCGGCAUUGGGCCUGGAGAACGGCUUCCCCCAGCAGCAGCAGCUUCAGGGAGGGAAUCCCCACCAGCAGCAGCAGCAUCAGGAAGUCUCCCAGCAGCAGCAUCCCCUGCACCAUCAUCUAUCCACCGGUGUUGUCGUGGUCGGCACCGGAGGUGGCAUCAACGACGUUGUCGGCGGUGGAGGUGUUGUUCCCGGCCUUGCAAACCUUGGCGUCCCACAUCUCGGCCAGCAAAUCUCGCUGGGCCAAUCGUCGCGAGCGCAAAAGGCAGCCCGGCGGCGGAGCAACGAAUCGAUUGAGGCACGCGAAAGGCGUUUGGAGAGGAACGCGGCCCGAAUGCGUGACAAGCGAUCAAAGGAAUCGGAGGCGGAAUACCGCAUCCGGCUGGCCAAGAAUGCGGAGGCGAACCGUGUGCGCAGGCAGAACGAAACGGAAGUACAAAGAACCCUAAGACUGAUGAAGAAUGCCGCACGGCAGCGGCUGCGCCGCGCCUCUGAGACGGUUGAGGAGCGCAAGAAGCGUCUGGCCAAGGCCGCGGAAAGGAUGCGGGUGGCGCGAGCCAGUGCGCCCAAGGUCAUCAAGCCUCCGCUGGCCGACAGGCUCAAGGGCUACUGAACAGGAGAUCACAGAGGAGCAGGCUUAGGCCGCAGCAAGGAGGAGAAGGAGGUAAAGCCAUUUGUGGAGCUGGCUCCAGCACCGGAGAGGAGAGCAGAGGAGCCUUAGUAUUGGCUUUGGAACACACACACAUCUAUAAAUAAUAUAUAUUGUAUACAAUCCAGUCAGAAGCAGAACGAGCUGCGGGACGUGAAGAACCAGUAACCGGAAACAGAACCAGGAGCAAGGAGCAAGUAGGAGGUUCGAUGGGGCAGCAGCAGGCGCCUUUCUAGGAUUAGGGCCUGGGCAAUUUUUUUUUUUAAGUUAACAUUUAAACAGGAUAAAGAUGAAGAAGCAAACGUAACGUAAAGCAUAAAGUAAAGUAAAGUAUUUUUAUAAUGCAUGCAUUAUAUUCGUACGAUAUAUAAAUAUAUACAUACUUAUAUAUAUAGAUAUAUAUAUAUAUAUA